GUCCAUGCGGGGAGGCUCAGAGGAAAGCCAGUGCAAGGCACCGAGUUAAUAGGAAGUCCUAAUAAUCACGAAGCACACAACCCCCGGGAUCCCUCCAGCAGCAGGCUGGGAAGACGAGUGCAGCGGCUCUGAGGCUGUCCCCCUCUUGAAUUCUCAUUGGAUCCUCCCCGGCUCCCUAAAUCAUUCCUGCCGCUAUAUCUAUCAGGAUGACUAGAGCCUCUCUCCCUACUUCUCCCUGGAUCUGCACCAGCUCCUUUGAUUUCUGGGUGCAGCUUUCUCUGAGCUCCUUCCUUCCAGCCUGGGCUUGGCAGAGCCCUUCUCCUAUCUGAGGUCUCGCAGUUUGUUAUUAUUGACCACUUCUGCUCAAGGAGCACCCCUCCCAGGGCUCCCCCUCCAUCUUCUCCUGACAGUUUUGUUUCCUGCCCCCUCCUCCCUCUUCUUUGGGGCUUGGUGGUUCUCUUGCUCUCUCUCUCACACAGACACACACAGAGGCAGGCGCUGGGUCUAAGUGGCUUGUUAUCCUUGGUGCUGUGCCACAAGGAACUGCUGAUUAUUUGCAAAGUCCCAGCACCAUGCAGGUCCCUCCUGUAGCUUGGAGCUGAAGAUCAUGGACUGUCCCUUUGGAUUCGGGCUGCGUUUUGCUCACAGUCACCUCGCUUCCUGAGCAUUCAGUGGGUGUUGAGGGACAGCUAAAAGAAUGAAGGCUCUAAGUCCCCAGCGGAAGCAUGAUAUGGCGAUGCAGUGCUGGUGCUGAAUUGUUCUCUCUGAUGGCUCUAUGGGAGUGGAUAGCACUGAGUCUUCAUUGCUGGGUUUUAACGGUUGCUGCUGUUUCGGAUCAGCAUGCCACAAGCCCCUUCGACUGGCUCCUCUCUGAUAAGGGACCCUUCCAUCGUUCGCAGGAAUAUACAGAUUUUGUGGACAGAAGUCGCCAGGGAUUUAGCACAAGAUACAAGAUUUACAGAGAGUUUGGCCGCUGGAAAGUAAACAAUCUAGCUGUUGAAAGAAGAAAUUUCCUUGGUUCCCCACUUCCUCUUGCCCCUGAAUUCUUCCGCAAUAUAAGACUACUAGGACGUCGCCCAACUCUUCAGCAGAUCACAGAAAAUCUUAUCAAGAAAUAUGGGACACACUUCCUUCUGUCAGCUACCUUGGGAGGGGAGGAAUCACUCACAAUUUUUGUGGACAAGCGGAAGCUGAGUAAGAGAUCAGAAGGAAGUGAUCCAAGUACCAACAGCUCUUCUGUGACUUUAGAAACUCUUCACCAGCUGGCAGCAUCCUAUUUUAUUGAUAGAGACAGUACCCUCCGCAGACUUCAUCAUAUUCAGAUAGCUUCUACUGCCAUAAAGGUAACAGAAACCCGGACUGGUCCUCUUGGCUGCAGUAACUAUGACAACCUAGAUUCUGUCAGUUCUGUUCUGGUUCAGAGUCCUGAAAAUAAGAUUCAGUUGCAAGGUCUUCAGGUCAUCCUGCCUGAAUAUCUUCAGGAGCGUUUUGUGCAAGCAGCUCUGAGCUAUAUUGCUUGCAAUUCUGAGGGGGAAUUUAUCUGCAAGGACAAUGAUUGCUGGUGUCAGUGUGGCCCCAAAUUCCCAGAAUGCAACUGUCCAUACAUGGACAUUCAAGCCAUGGAAGAAAACCUGCUUCGCAUAAGUGAGACCUGGAAUGCUUACAACAGCGAAUUUGAAGAGUCAGAUGAAUUCAAGUUAUUUAUGAAAAGACUGCCCAUGAACUAUUUCCUCAACACAUCCUCCAUAAUGCAUUUGUGGACAAUGGAUUCUAAUUUUCAGCGUCGCUACGAGCAACUGGAAAACAGCAUGAAACAACUGUUCCUAAAGGCACAGAAAAUUGUUCAUAAGCUCUUUAGCCUUAGUAAGAGGUGUCAUAAACAACCACUCAUCCGCUUGCCAAGACAGAGAUCUUCAAACUACUGGCUAAACCGCAUCCAGUCUUUUCUGUAUUGCAAUGAAAAUGGUCUUCUGGGAAGCUUUUCUGAAGAGACUCAUUCAUGCACUUGUCCUAAUGACCAAGUUGCCUGCCAUGGGUUCCUUCCGUGCAUUAUAGGUGAUGGCUCUGCAUGCUUGAUCUGUGCACCUGAUAACCGUACCCGCUGUGGAAGCUGUAACACUGGAUACAUGCUGAGCCAAGGGCUUUGCAAGCCGGAAGUGGCAGAGUCCACAGAGCAUUACAUUGGGUUUGAGACAGAUCUCCAGGACUUGGAGAUGAAGUAUUUAUUGCAGAAAACAGACCGGAGGAUUGAAGUCCAUGCUAUUUUCAUCAGCAAUGACAUGCGCCUCAAUAGCUGGUUUGAUCCCUCCUGGCGCAAACGGAUGCUCCUUACCCUUAAGAGCAACAAGUACAAGUCUAGCCUGGUCCAUAUGAUACUGGGUCUCUCUCUCCAAAUUUGCCUAACUAAAAACAGCACCUUGGAGCCUGUUCUAGCUGUUUAUGUCAACCCUUUUGGUGGCAGCCACUCUGAGAGCUGGUUUAUGCCUGUGAAUGAAAAUAAUUUCCCAGACUGGGAGCGGACUAAGCUGGACUUACCCCUUCAGUGUUAUAAUUGGACGCUGACACUAGGCAACAAGUGGAAGACAUUUUUUGAAACAGUUCAUAUCUAUUUGAGGAGUCGAAUUAAGUCAAAUGGUCCAAAUGGCAAUGAAAGCAUCUACUAUGAACCCCUGGAAUUUAUCGAUCCCUCACGGAACCUGGGCUACAUGAAAAUCAACAACAUCCAAGUGUUUGGCUACAGCAUGCACUUUGACCCAGAAGCAAUUCGUGACUUGAUUUUACAGCUGGACUACCCCUAUACUCAGGGAUCGCAGGACUCAGCACUUUUGCAGCUAUUAGAAAUAAGGGACCGUGUAAAUAAACUCUCCCCACCUGGCCAACGUCGUCUAGACCUUUUCUCUUGCUUGCUCCGUCAUAGACUCAAGCUGUCUACCAGUGAGGUGGUAAGGAUUCAAUCCGCUUUGCAGGCCUUUAAUGCCAAAUUGCCAAACACAGUGGAUUAUGACACAACCAAAUUAUGUAGUUAACCAUAAAAUGUGAAGCACAACACAAAACCUUGAAGGAGUUUUUAAAGUGCUUUUGUGGAACAGUUUAUGUUUGGAAGAGUAAAUUUAAAUUGUCUUUUCAAUAUCUGUCUUAUAUCAGUCAAUACCGUUGGAUGGCAAUUUACACACCUGAACUUGCUGACAAUGAAUAUAUUAUACUUGCAGUUUUGGUUUAUGAAUGAAAUAAAUACUGACACAGUCUAGAAGACAUUCUACUUUUUACAAUAAAUUUCAUUUGUAAUUUUAUAUGUUCCGUGGCAAUGCUUUUGUGCAUUACAUCCUCUAGAGGGAACAUAAAAGGAUACCAAUAAAAUUUUGUAGCUGAACAGUUAU